GUGGCGGUCCCCAAGGUUUCCCACCCAGAGUGGCCCAUCCCAUAUCCUUCUUGCAUACGCCCUCGCCUUGUCCUCCUCGUUUGCUGGGGCUCCCACGGGUGGACAGACAGAAAAUAUCGGGCAUGAGAUGAGGCUGUGACAGGUUUGAAAAUACAAUGGCAGGAAACAGCCUAGUUCUACCCAUUGUUCUUUGGGGUCGCAAAGCGCCAACACAUUGUAUUUCAGCACUGCUUUUAACAGAUGAUGGAGCCACCAUCGUAACAGGAUGCCACGAUGGACAAAUAUGUCUCUGGGACCUUUCAGUUGAAUUGGAAGUUAAUCCCCGAGCGCUAUUGUUUGGUCAUACAGCGUCAAUCACUUGUUUGUCUAAAGCUUGUGCCUCCAGUGACAAACAGUAUAUUGUGAGUGCAUCUGAAAGUGGAGAGAUGUGCCUCUGGGAUGUGAGUGAUGGCAGAUGUAUUGAAUUUACAAAGUUAGCCUGCACACAUACCGGCAUACAGUUUUACCAGUUCUCUGUUGGAAAUCAACGAGAAGGGAGGCUCUUAUGCCAUGGACAUUACCCUGAAAUCCUCGUUGUGGAUGCCACCAGCCUUGAGGUGUUAUACUCCUUAGUAUCAAAGAUAUCUCCAGACUGGAUUAGCUCCAUGACUAUUAUUCGAUCUCACCGAACACAAGAGGAUACUGUGGUUGCACUCUCAGUGACGGGCAUUUUGAAGGUGUGGAUCGUUACCUCUGAAAUAAGUGGUUUGCAGGAUACUGAACCAGUAUUUGAGGAGGAAUCCAAACCAAUUUACUGUCAGAAUUGCCAGAGCAUCUCUUUUUGUGCAUUCACGCAGAGGUCACUUUUGGUUGUGUGCUCCAAAUAUUGGAGGGUAUUUGAUGCUGGGGACUAUUCCUUAUUGUGUUCAGGUCCUAGUGAAAAUGGACAGACAUGGACUGGAGGUGACUUUGUAUCAGCAGAUAAAGUAAUCAUUUGGACUGAAAAUGGACAAGGUUAUAUUUACAAACUACCUGCCAGCUGCCUUCCAGCUAGUGAUUCAUUCCGCAGUGAUGUGGGGAAAGCAGUUGAAAAUUUAAUUCCUCCGGUACAGCACAGCCUCCUGGAUCGAACAGAUAAAGAGUUGUUAAUUUGUCCUCCUGUUACUCGGUUCUUCUAUGGAUGCAAGGAAUACUUCCAUAAACUAUUAAUUCAGGGUGAUUCUUCUGGAAGAUUGAGUAUUUGGAACAUAUCAGAUACACUUGAGAAACAGGAAGAUGAAGAAGGGCUAAAGAUGACAACUUCUAUUAGUUUGCAAGAGGCAUUUGAUAAACUGAAUCCUUGUCCUGCUGGAAUUAUAGAUCAGCUAAGUGUGAUUCCCAAUAGUAAUGAACCUCUUAAAGUAACUGCAAGCGUGUACAUACCAGCUCAUGGACGGCUUGUUUGUGGUCGUGAAGAUGGGAGCAUAGUUAUUGUACCUGCCACACAGACGGCCAUCGUACAGCUGCUCCAAGGGGAGCACAUGUUCAGAAGAGGUUGGCCACCUCACAGAACACUCCGUGGUCAUCGGAACAAAGUCACAUGUUUGCUAUAUCCUCAUCAGGUCUCAGCACGUUAUGAUCAAAGAUACCUCAUCUCUGGUGGUGUGGACUUUUCUGUCAUCAUUUGGGACAUAUAUUCUGGAGAGAUGAAACAUAUCUUCUGUGUGCAUGGUGGCGAGAUUACUCAACUUCUAGUUCCACCUGAAAACUGUAGUGCAAGAGUGCAGCACUGCAUCUGCUCUGUAGCCAGUGACCACUCAGUAGGACUUCUAAGUUUGCGAGAGAAAAAAUGCAUUAUGCUGGCGUCUCGUCACCUUUUCCCUAUCCAAGUAAUCAAGUGGAGGCCUUCUGAUGAUUACCUGGUGGUGGGAUGUUCAGAUGGCUCUGUGUACGUCUGGCAAAUGGAUACUGGUGCACUGGAUCGUUGUGUGAUGGGGAUAACAGCAGUGGAGAUACUGAAUGCUUGUGAUGAAGCAGUUCCUGCUGUAGUUGAUUCACUUAGUCAUCCAGCAGUCAACCUAAAACAAGCUAUGACAAGACGUAGUCUUGCUGCUCUUAAAAAUAUGGCCCAUCAUAAGUUACAAACCCUUGCAACUAACCUCUUGGCGUCUGAGGCGUCUGACAAAGGGAAUUUACCUAAAUAUUCUCAUAAUUCCCUGAUGGUUCAAGCAAUAAAGACAAACCUAACAGACCCAGAUGUACAUGUGCUCUUCUUUGACGUGGAAGCGUUGAUUAUUCAGCUCCUGACUGAAGAAGCCUCUAGGCCGAAUACCUCGCUUAUUUCCCCAGAGAAUUUGCAAAAAGCAUCUGGCAGCUCAGACAAAGGGGGCUCCUUUCUCACUGGAAAACGAGCAGCAGUCCUCUUCCAACAAGUGAAGGAAACUAUCAAAGAGAACAUAAAGGAACAUCUCCUUGAUGAUGAAGAGGACGAUGAAGAGUUAAUGAGGCAGAGAAGGGAAGAAAGUGAUCCUGAAUAUCGGGCCAGCAAAUCGAAGCCAUUGACCCUGUUAGAAUAUAACUUAACUAUGGACACUGCAAAACUGUUCAUGUCCUGCCUUCAUGCCUGGGGUCUGAAUGAAGUUCUGGAUGAAGUCUGUCUUGACCGCCUUGGGAUGCUGAAACCCCAUUGCACAGUGUCAUUUGGGCUGUUAUCAAGAGGAGGCCAUAUGUCACUGAUGCUCCCUGGUUAUAAUCAGGCUGCCUGUGCACUAUCGCAUGGGAAAGCAGAAGUAGGAAGGAAGCUGCUAGCAGCCGAAGGAGUAGGAAGGGGAACUUACGGAGUGUCCCGAGCCGUCACCACACAACAUCUCUUGUCUAUCAUAUCUUUGGCAAAUACCUUAAUGAGUAUGACCAAUGCAACCUUUAUUGGUGAUCAUAUGAAGAAGGGCCCUACCAGGCCACCCAGACCAAGCACCCCAGACCUUUCUAAGGCAAGGGGUUCCCCUCCAACUUCCAGUAAUAUUGUGCAAGGACAGAUUAAACAAGUUGCUGCACCUGUCGUUUCCUCUCGGUCUGAUGCUGAUCACUCUGGCUCUGACCCUGCUUCUACUCCUGCUUUACAUACCUGUUUCUUAGUAAAUGAAGGAUGGAGUCAGUUGGCUGCUAUGCAUUGUGUUAUGCUGCCAGACCUGCUGGGAUUGGACAAAUUUAGGCCUCCACUUCUAGAGAUGCUGGCUCGGAGAUGGCAAGAUAGAUGCUUGGAGGUCAGAGAAGCUGCACAGGCCCUGCUUCUAGCAGAACUGAGAAGAAUUGAGCAGGCAGGACGGAAGGAAACCAUUGAUGCCUGGGCUCCUUAUUUACCUCAGUACAUGGACCACGUCAUAUCACCUGGAGUCACAGCAGAGGCCAUUCAGACUAUCACUACUGCUCCGGACGCCUCAGGGACAGAAACCAAAGUCCAGGAGGAAGAGCAUGACCUUGUUGAUGACGACAUCACGACCGGUUGUCUGUCAAGUGUCCCACAAAUGAAAAAAAUAUCCACAUCUUAUGAGGAAAGACGGAAGCAAGCUACUGCUAUUGUUUUACUAGGAGUGAUAGGAGCUGAAUUUGGUGCUGAAAUUGAACCUCCCAAACUCUUGACCAGACCUCGAAGCUCUAGUCAAAUUCCUGAGGGAUUUGGUUUGACUAGUGGUGGAUCCAACUAUUCAUUGGCCAGACAUACUUGCAAGGCAUUGACAUAUCUUCUGCUGCAGCCCCCGAGUCCCAAACUUCCAGCACACAGCACUAUUCGAAGAACAGCUAUUGAUCUAAUUGGACGAGGCUUCACAGUUUGGGAGCCUUACAUGGAUGUGUCUGCUGUUCUGAUGGGGCUUCUCGAACUUUGUGCUGAUGCUGAGAAACAACUUGCCAACAUCACAAUGGGGCUGCCUCUGAGCCCAGCAGCUGACUCGGCCCGCUCUGCAAGGCAUGCCCUCUCCCUCAUCGCCACUGCCAGACCACCCGCCUUCAUCACCACCAUAGCCAAAGAGGUACACAGACACACUGCUCUUGCGGCAAACACCCAACCGCAGCAGAAUAUUCACACUACAGCUCUUGCACGAGCUAAAGGAGAAAUUCUGAGAGUCAUUGAAAUUCUCAUUGAAAAGAUGCCCACAGAUGUUGUGGAUCUUCUUGUGGAGGUCAUGGACAUCAUUAUGUAUUGCCUUGAAGGAUCUUUGGUUAAAAAGAAAGGUCUUCAAGAAUGUUUCCCAGCCAUCUGCAGGUUCUACAUGGUCAGCUAUUACGAGCGGAAUCACAGAAUAGCAGUUGGAGCUCGCCAUGGUUCAGUGGCCCUGUACGACAUCCGGACUGGAAAAUGCCAGACAAUCCAUGGACACAAGGGGCCAAUCACUGCAGUGGCCUUUGCUCCUGAUGGACGAUAUCUUGCCACCUAUUCAAACACUGACAGCCACAUUUCUUUCUGGCAGAUGAAUACCUCGCUCCUAGGAAGCAUCGGCAUGCUGAAUUCGGCCCCUCAGCUGCGCUGUAUCAAAACCUACCAGGUACCCCCCGUGCAGCCCGCCUCCCCCGGCUCCCACAACGCGCUCCGACUGGCCCGCCUCAUCUGGACUUCCAACCGCAACGUCAUCCUGAUGGCCCAUGACGGCAAGGAGCACCGCUUCGUAGUCUGAGACUCCCAGCCGGUGCUCUAACUACACUGGCGUGCUCUCAGUCCUCUGUCCUUCCUCACUCGAGCAUGCCUCAGUGCCUGCCCACACCAGUGUCAUCGGGUGUCGCCUCUGCAUGGUUCUGGGGCAGACCCCACUCAUGCCACCCAUUGAUUAGAGCAUGCACACACAGCUCCGCCGGAUGUGGCCGCCCUAUCACUGGGUAGUUUUUCCCUGCCAGACAUGGGAGGGGAAAGGCAGCGGUUCCUGGGAACACUCUUGUUGCUUGGUGCAACAGAAGCCUGGAAAUCAAUAAACACUGUGAUUGCACUCUCAGCCCAGAUCGGCAUUUCCAGGGACCUAAACCCACCUCGGCAGUGCUGCUGGAACUGGCCUUUUGACGCUGGGCUUUGAGGUAUUGUGGCGGCCCUAAUUAUCGAAGUUAUUUUCCUUUGGCUUUCCUAAAGCAUAUUAUUGUUUACCAACAAGAUUCUGUGUUUAUGUGUUGUUGUUGUUUUUUCCUUCCAAGGAUUGCUAGGAAAUUACUUAAUCUAAUUUCCUAGAGUUGAGCCACUACCUUCUUUAUUGACACCGAACUGAUUUGAGAUUUGUGAGAAAAUAGCAAAGAAAAACAUUUUCCUUGCAGAGAAUACAGUUGUCCAGACACCUAGCCUUCUAAAGUGCUCAUAUCCUGCUUAAGUUGAUAGUGUAUUUAGUAGUUUAAAAUACAAAUCAUCACUUCAUAUGAACUAGAUAAUAUAAUUAUCCAGUCAGUAUAACUAAUCUCUUAAGAAACUUUUGUGAUAAAGAACCAAGUUUGGAAACAUAGCAUAUACCUAAAAAGAAGGCUCUCGUAUCUAUUGCUACAGAUGUUUUUGUUUAGGGUAGAGCGUACCCCCACUCCCUUCAGAAAUUUUAUGAGUCUGCAAUCCCCAUAUGUAUGACAUAUGUCAGUUAUCAUGUAAUAAUUACAAGUCAGCCUUCAAACUACUAGUGAUCAAUUAAAAGAAAACAAAGAAGGCAUUUCUUUUAAACAACUGUCCUAGAAAAUUAGUAAACGUGGCGUGAGCUCUGACGAAUAUAUAUAAAAUGUGAGAGCUCUCAAUCAAUGUAUUUGAAUAAACAUUGCAAUGAGGGUGUUCAUCAUGCUUUGAAGUAAGCUUGAACUAGGUAACUGUUUUCUCAUGUCAAAUUAUGCUGGGUCUUGCUCAUAAUAAUGGGGAAAAAAUCCAUAAAAUAAUAUUUUGUAUGAAUUGUUCCUAACAAACUUUAAUCUGUAUAUAAUUCGGGGAUUUUGUUGGUUGGUUGGUUGUUGAUUGGUUGGUUAGUUGGGCAAAAUGGUUUAUUAAAUUCAAAAUAGAAAAAAUGAUUUAUUAAAUUCAGAGAAAAUAUGCAAAGUUUACAGAGGAACCAAAAUGAUAAUGGGAGUAUUUAAUUUUAAAAGCAUAGCCUGUCAGAGUCUGUGUAAUACACAAAAAAGCAGGGCCAGAGUCCAGGAACAUCCAUCUGUUAUUUCACUGAUGCAGAUCUUUAAGGAAGAUAUUAAACAGUGAAGAUCAUUAGAACUCCUCUUUCGUAUUGAUGUGAAGUGUGCUAUUUCCAUUGGUGGCAUAUCUGUACUAUUCCUUGGUUUUACACUUUGAGUGUUCUUUCAAAAGCGAAUUUAUGCCACAUGCAUGUACAUUGUAAUUAUAAAGAUCAUAUAUGUAGUUUCCAAGGAAGAAGCAAAGAGCUAUAUAGUGUAAACUUUGUUUGGUGAACAUGCUGUUGCGUUCGGUAGAGAUGUAAAAACGUGUAGUAAAGGUGCACUUUGUUUUUCCAGUGGAUUCCCCAAGUCUUCUCUGUACUCAGCACAUGUUUACUUUAUGAACCUAAACCAGAAUUAAUUUAUUCUAGACUAGAAAGCUAUUGUGGAAUGAUGAGAUAAAAGUGUACCUUAGAGACUUUUUUUUUUAAACAAAAUUUGCAGUGCAUCAGGAAAACGUGUGGGAACGGAGGCCGGCCCCCACAAAUAUUCGGGUGAGAUACCCCGGGGAGAUUUAGAGCAAACCUGUGAGCCCCAGAGGAGCCAAACAGCCAGGUGAUGGAUGCAGGCCAGACAGGGUGACUGGCCAGUAGAACAUUGUGACUGUGGGAUUCUGGGGUGGGUGAUAUCUAAUGGCUAGACAGACGUCUCUAGCUGCUAAACUAAUAUUUGCAUUCUUGUUAACACAAAUCUCUCCUUGGCAAUUUUGACGACCACAGUCCCAAACUUCAUCACAGCUUACAUUUCUCAGCACUGAGGUAAACUUUGUACUGUCACCCCAGUGUCUGCUUUAAGUGUUUUAUUGAUUUUGUUGGCACUGUAUUUGGACUUGUCCUUGUAAAUGUAGAGACAUAUGCGGCUUAGUUGGUAAUUCACAAGCAAAAGAUGACAUGACGUGACACCUGUAUGAAAAUGUUGUAAUGAUUGAAGUCACUGUGUACAGCAAGUGAUUUAAAAUGUCUGCCUCUCAAGACUUUUCUUGAUUAUUUCACUUAAUAGACUCUGUAUGUACUAAAUGUCCCUGUGUACAUAUGUGUGUUAAAUAAAAAAGAAUUGUACUGAAGGCUGUUUUUCACAUAUGAUUGCUUCUUCUGUUCAUUCUUCUUUAACAUUCUCAAUCGAAGUCCACAUGCUCUUUUCCCCUCUCUUUGGUACCAAAUUAAAGCCUUCUAUUUCUCUCUAAUUAUUCAUUUUCCUGGAGACCUAGCUUCAAGAAAGGUAAGCUUGCUCACAAGGGACAGUAAAGAAGGAAGUCCCUCUCCUACACUGCAAAAGUGUGAGAACUAGAUAGACUCUCCUACUGAAACUCAACAGCACCCUCUGUAGUUUGGGCAAGGGAAUUGUACCCUAAGUUGCUCCUAAAUAGACUGUUAAUUGUACCAAAUUAUAUCUUGUCAGAUUUGAUGACAUAGGUCGACUGCCCCACGGGAGCUGGGUGAGAUCAUUAAAUUCAUUUCAUUUAAUACCCAGUUUGGAGUUGAAUUUGAAUCCCUGAGGUAAACGGUGUAAUUGGUUUUCAGAAAGAGCAAGAAUAACAAAAUAGGUCAUCAUCGCUCACAGAGGGUUAUGUGUAAGUAGGGAACGUAUUUGUUUUAAUUUUCAGAUAAGAAGAUUGAACAGCUUGAAUUGAGUCAAUCGUUAGGUCACAGUAUAAUGGUCUAUAAGAGAAACAUAAAGGAGUUGAAUGCAGCAGCAUUCUCGGCCCUAAUCAAAUGCCCAGAGCAUCGGUCCAGGAAUUGUUUUAAUGUCUGGUGAUGACUUAAAUGUAUCCUUAUAGGAAAAUAGGGGCAGUAACAGUUCUGUAUGAUUGGUGAUCACAUAAACUGAUCAAAUGUGGAAAGGGCAUGACAUUAAUAGGAAGGUAAAGCCGAGCAGUGCUGGGUGAACUUUCACCUUUCACCCCUUCGGCUGACUGACAGAGCUGAGUGUUGAAGAAAAUCAAUACUUUGGAGCCAGGAGGGAAAUAUUUCCAGCCUCUAACUAGAGAAUGUAUUCUGACAAGGCCAAGAUAAUCCAAGCUGCACAGGAGAAAGAGAAAAGAAGACUAAUUUUUAAAGCUUGACACUUCAAGGUGUUUUUGUACAAUGGUUUAGAGAUCGUCAAUACAUACAAAUACCAAAGGUCAAAAAGAAAAGCCAGAAGAAUUUCAAAAAUUAGACGUUUAGUUCUUUUUGCUGUUUACAAACUAAAAAAGAUUUCAGAAAGGCUUGU